AUGUUUGAAGAGAGAUUACUUGUAGCUUAUCGAGAAAAGCUUGCAUUUGACAAGCAGCAAAAACUUAUUGCUGAAGAAGAGGAGGAAGAGAGACUACGAAAGGAACGAGAUGAAAAUAGACAAAUUGCCCGGCAACGAAAACGUGAAAGGAAAAAGGAGCAGAAAAAAGCUGCUGCAGAUAGGAAAAAGGCUGAAGUUGAGGAAUUUCAAAAAGCUGAGCAAAAGAAGAUUGAACAAGAAAUUCUUCACAAGCUUGAUGAAGAGAAGAAAAGGAAGGACAAAAGAAGAUUAACUCGGACCUUUUCAAACAAUGAUAUUAAUGAUGAUGGUUCUUCUAAUUCCAGUGGGAGUCGAAGCUCUAGUGUAGAGCGUGCUCUCAUGGAAAAUGUACCUGAACAAGCAAAGCUUUCAGAAUGCAUGAAGAAGAAGAACAUAUCAUCAGAAAAGAAGAAUCUAGACUCUUUAAAGCCGUCUACGAAGUUAAAGAAGGAAAAUAAACCUCCAUCAGCAGUGCCUACCAAAAAUGGACUACAAUCUUCUCCAAAGAACAGUUCGGUGAACAUUAUUGAGGAGGAAAAACCUUUGGAAACAUCAAGGUCAAACAAAAAGCGCAGGCGGAAGAAGAACCAAAAGGUCAAAGAUGUGGAUACAGACAUUCUUGUGAACAACACAAACAUUCCUGGAAGUUCUAGCAUUAUUCCAAAUACUGCCACUAAAAAGGAUGAUCCACUGAGGAUAGUCAGAAAGACAGCUGAGACUCCCAUAUCUAAGAACAUAACUGUAGGUUCUAAUAGGGUUUCUCCUCCAAAUAUUACUAAAGCUGCUGCUGCCGUUUCUGCCACAUCACCAGAAUCUCCCAAGAUAGUUGCUUCAAAGCCUCAAGUUAUUCCUGCUGCCCCAAAACCUGGUAAAGUUAGUCCCAAAGCUUCUUCGAAACCUCUAUAUGAAAAGUCUAUCCAAAUACCUAUUCCUCAACUGAAACCUGUAUCUAAAAAUUCUAUUCCUAAGAAUAUCACGAUCAAGAAAACUCAAGCUCAGGUUGUAACAACAACUACUACAACAACUGUUGUAGCUAGCAGGGCUGCGCCUGGUUAUGAAAGGUCUAUGAAUUCUGCUGCAGUUUCUUCUUAUGUAGCGAUGACAACUUCUCAGGCAAUGCAGAUUCUUAACUCGCAUACCUCGACAGCAGUGUCAAUGGGAGCAACUACACAAUCCGUGUGGGGAAAUACUAGUCCAAUUCCAAUAACAUCUGUGAUAGGUGAUUCCAAGACCACGCCAGUGAAGUCAAAACCAAUACAAAUGGAGAGUGAAAUGCCUGAGCCUAGAGUUCCUACUCCUAAAGCUAUCGGAAGUGAAAGAGCUGCAGACAGAGCAAUUGGAAGUGAACGGGCUAAGUCUUACCAUAAAGAAAUGCCUCUCAAUGGUUUUGGUGAUGCUACAAACUGCUCUCCUUUUGCCAAUUCGAAUCCUCAGUUCUUUUUGGGUCUUCAGGAGAUUUUGUCUUCGGCAAAACCGAAUGAUAAGAAUCCUUCAGAAAUGCUUUUUGAAAAUUUGGAUCCAGAUUUCAGUUCAGGGUUUCCAACGUCUUGGACAGCAAGUUCUCAGAAUUCACUAUGGUCUGCAACCUCUCCGUCUUUACAGCAAUCUAACAUGAGCAACGCUCCUGUGUCAAACUCACUUGACUCCAGCAACAGCUCGAGGAGUAGUCCGGAAGUGAACUCACUGUGGAUGCAACAACCUCCGCCCAGUCAGACUCCGCCGUGGUCUUGCACCCCAAUUGGUACGCCCAAAGUUCCUUUAACACCCCCUCCGUUAACUCAGCAGCAGCAACAGCAACAACAGCAGCAGGCAAACUCGAACAUGCCCAUUCCUGGCAUCAUCCACAUACCUCGGUCUCUGGCACCCAGCCUGUCACCAUUCCAAGCUUUCUCAGGGCUGGAUCAACGUGGUGUCCGGCAGCCUUGGACUCAACAAAAGUUGCACUCGGGGUUUGAAAUGCAGCCGAUGAGACCAUCAUGA